CCAGCAGCCUACAAAAUUUAACAAAGCGCACACGAACAUUAAAAUUUUCAGAAUCUCAUAUGACACACUCGACCAUGUAUUUACGGCUCGUCCUUUUUUACGCGUUUAUUUCUUUCAUCAACUGUGCACCGGCAGUUCCCAGUUCUGCACCAUCAGCUCAGACGACCAUAAAAACGAAAGAAGUGGUCCGCAGUACGAUCGAAUACAAAGUAUUAAAAAAACCGCAUCAUCUCUUCAUCGGUCGAUGCAGUCCCGACGACAACAUCUUGCACCAGGAAAACAUCAUUCUCUAUAACGACGGCAAGAGUCAUGUCGCUGCGGGCAUAAGAGUGAACGUGGAGGCCGACGUGUACAUCACUUGCGUUAAGAUCCACGACGAAGUGCCCGACGGUGCUGGAGGUUAUCCGAGUUACGUGGCUGGAGGCGUCGGUUAUAAUUACGUCGAAUUCAAUGUGAUGACCGAAUAUGGAAAAGGAUUUCACUUCUACGUCCAAAUAUUCGGCUACGAUAUUAAGAAUAAGAAAAACAGCGUGUAAAUUUAUGUUAAAAUAAAGUUUUAUUCAUUA